UGAAACUCCAGUGGCACUCAGUUCGUUGUGGGCGGUGGAAGGAAAAUCACUGUGUAGCCUUCUCUAUGAGCAAGUGAAAAGUGUUAGUGUGACGUAAGGGUGUCCCCGAGAUUCCGAGAAAAACUUCUUCUCAUUUUGUACCUCAUUUUUCCCUCUUUCUCUCGUACAAAAUUUAGAUGAUAUUUCCACACAAGUACUCAGUAGAGUGUAAUUUUUAUGACUUUAAAUGUUUUAACGAUUAUGUGUUAUUAGAACAUCCAUUUAGCAUGGCAAAAGAAUGUCUUUCAGUGCAAUUCUUUUAAGUUUCCCCAUAAGUGUGCUGUUUUUUCUACAAGCGCUAAUUCGAUUAUCCUCGUCAUCGGCAAUUCGCAGUGAAGACUAUCGGGAGUAUAUUGUUGACCCGGGGAAGAAUUUAAUUUUGCCCUGCGCUGUGAAUGAUCCUGUGACUGUCAUUUGGAUGAAGGAGGGACACAGGAAUAGAUCCAAUUGGGUUCCACAGGAAAACGGAUCCUUGCUUAUUAUCAACAUCACAAUGAACGAUGCUGGCAAUUACACUUGCUCCACUCUGCCGGGAAAUGCAAGUCUCACGGGAAAUAUGUCAUCAUCUCUCGACCUCAAGACGUCGAAUGUGCGCGUGAGAAGUCCUCCCGAGGCUGUUUCCUUCUUUGCCGUCCGAGCUUCAACAGUUAUUGCUGUCCUCAUAUGGGAGUACCCACCGAAGAGGCUCAUCGCGAACAGCGUUCGCAGCUUCACGGCUGACUUUCGCCAAGUGCCAGAAGAUGUUGAACUCGAUGCGGAUGGAAAUAUCAUAGAGACUGAAUGGGAACGACUGGAUCCGCUCAAUAUUAGCCCUAAUAUCCGACAAUUGGAAGUCUACCACCUGAUCCCGAACACGAGCUACGAGUUCCGAAUAUGGGCCAAUAAUCACUUGGGUCCGGGCGAGAAGGCGACAGUGACGGCGACCACGAUUCCUCAGUGGCAGGAGAAAGAUUUAAUUCGCCUCAUUCUCGUGGAUGUGAGGAACUUCGACACGAGAGCCUGGAUCGUGGCUGUGGCCAUCACGAUGGGAAUCCUCAUAAUUCUCACCAUAAUCACGAGUGCGGUGUUGUUUAAAGAGUGUCACAGUUCGCCCGCAUUUGAUGGUGAUCCCGAUGCAUUGGAAUUGGUACCAAAUAUAAUACUGAACCCGGGAUUCUGUGAUUCUGACGAUCAAGGACCGCUUAUGAUACCCUUUGCCAAGCCAUUCCAGCAUCGGCGCAAGAGCGAUGAUGACAGUGACUCCUCAGACAGCUAUUAUCACGAAGAGCCAGUUCCCUUCUCACGAAAAUUAUCAAUCUUCUUCACGGAAGGCACGAUUAAGCGACUUUGAGCAUUGCUUUUAUCUCAGUUAUCAGCAUAACGGAUGGAUUGUUGCAUUCACUAUACAUAAUGUACAUAGAUAUUAUACUUAAGAUUGUAACCUGUUCGACAACACCUAUUGAUUGACGCUAUUGUUAUCAUAAGAGAAAGACACACACAAACACACACCGCUGCGGUGGAACGAUUGAUUGCGAUGAUUUUGUUCAUUUUGUAAUCGGAAAUGGGUGUAAAGCAAAAUUUCCGUUCGACUGUGGAAAUUUAUGCGUGAUUUGUGAAGACAUUUAAUUUAUGAUGCGUUUUCCAUUAAAAACAAUUUAGCAAUUGCAUUAAGAAUAUGUGCGGAAAAUAUCAAAUAUUAUGCAAAUAAAAGUAAGCAAACUAUCCGUGAAAAGAGAUGAAGACAGAUUAGUAUUAGAGGAUUUGAUAAAAUGGAGAGAAUUAAACAUUACACAGAGUUGGUAUAAAUGAUAUACUAAAUAUAUUCCGUUCUUAGUCUUUCAAAGCUUUUAAUUAUGUACCAAGGGGGAGAUAUUAUGGCCAGAAGUCGUGUACAACUUAGUAGGAAUAUUUCAAAUAUUUUCAGGUGUGUCCAAAAGUCACUUUCCAAAGGAAUUAGCGCAAUAAUUUGAGAAAAAGAAUCGUUUUUCGCGUCUGUCUAGGUUAUGUAAUUAAUUUAAGAUAAACUUUUCACUAAAUAACCUUCAAAAUAAGUCAUUUUUGCGCCUAAGCUGGUAUUAUUUGCUUUUACUGGCGCAAUAAUAAUUAAAUCUGUUGAAGAUCACUAAUAAUUUUAAACUGUGUUCAUUAUGCUAAGAUUGAUCAUAACCUCUAAAAUACUGAUCUAGAAUACAAAGAGUCCUAAAUUAAGAGUUAUGAUACUUUAGAUGGUUGGAAAAAUUUAUAAGGUUCCGAGAAAGGUGAAGAAAAUAUGAAAAACUCAUAUUUUAAGCACUGCCAAAGUUCUGGAAGUGUUUGUAAUUCUUGAAAGAAAUUGUGGAAGUGACAAGAAGUGGUGUACACAGUAUAGCUAUAUUAUCUUCCCCUUGUUAUGUAUUAGAAUUUAUUAAUAAUGUAAACAUUAUUCGAACAAAACUCUACUCUGUUUAAUACCAACUCUCCAUAUACACAUAAAUGCUUUAUAUUAUAAAUUGAUUUUGUGAACACUUUGCGAAGGAUAUCAAUUAUAUUGAUUAUGAAAAAUACUCUUAGGAAUACUGUGAUUUUUAAAUGAUCUGAAAAUUUCAGAGCUGAAACUUGAGAAUUAAAAUUUUCUGCCUUAUUUGUUUACAUGAAAAUCUUGGCAAAUGAUAUUGCAAAAUAUUUGUUGACUGUUUGAUUUGCAUAUAAUGCUGGAACUCUGUCAAUUAUCAAAAUAAAAAAAAGGUGAAGAGCGAUAAGAGACACACAAACCUAUCAAAUACAUUAUAUACAAAACAGCAACUUGGCUUUUGCUUAGGCUAGAAGAUGAUUAUCGGCUACAGAAAGUAUAUUAGAGAUUACAUAUCUGAACUGCAGAAUUCCUUUGUUAAUGAUUAUUGCAAACACUGAUUGGCAAAUAUUUUAAGAAUUUUUUAAAGAUUGUGAAUCGGCCUAACAACUUCUUUCGUUCGCGAAUUUACAAUAUCGAAGAACAAUAUUGAGAUGAAAGAUUAGAUAUUCUCUAUCCACUCAUUCAACAUGAUUCAAAAUCAUCAUCCCAUCGACGCGUAUCAAAAGAUGAUAAAGAAAAAAAUGUUUAGAGAUUGAAUUUAUUAUUCAGGUCGUGUGAUAUUAUUUAAGAGUGCCUCUGCCUUAAUUAGAAAUGAAAUUAGGAGGAAAGGAAAAUAAAAUGUGGGAUGGUUGAGAAGAAUCAUAACAUUGCAUUUAUCAAGUUGGAAACAUUUUUCUUUACUUAAAAGUCUCUUUUCCAGUGACUUUAGGAGAAUCAAUGAGCGCUCUUAAUUAACUAACAUCUCUCUCCAGACAUUCAUUGUAACCGCAAUCACUAAUGAAUGACUUAUAUAGCAUUUUCUGUAACUAACCUGAAGGUAUAACUUAUCAAUUGAUACUAAUUUAGUGUUCAAUCUAUACUUUUUGGGAAUGGACAAUAAAUUAAUUUGUAUUUGUAACCGUUGUUAUUUCAGAUCUUCGAAUAGAAACGAUUGAAAUCACACAGAUUAUUGUUUGAAACGAAAAAAAAAAUAA